UUAAUACCCAUAAGUUGAACCAUAACAUUUGCCAAUCUCAGUCCCCGACUAGUCAAGAAAAGACUAAAUUUGAACCAAGAAAAUAAACAUAAAAUCAAACAAUCGAUCUAAAAUGGAAUACCGAAUGCUUAACAAAGACCUUGAACGUAUCCAAUAUCCAUCUCAUCAGCUAUAUAUAAAUGAACUACAUACAAAGCACACUGGGCUAUUCUUCAUUGAGAAUUUGCCGAAAAAAUUCCAACCUGAAUCAAAAUGCUGUGAAUUUGAAAUUGAUGAUAAACUUCAUUCAACAAAGUUUCAAUAACUAAGGGUCAAGGUAUAAGUCAACAAGCUGCUAGUUAGAAUGUCCUUCCCUGAAUCGUAUCCAAAUUUCUACAACCACAAUGACUCCAUUGAUCAAGUCUUUAGCAAAUUCCCUUAUCCAAUAGAUCAAAUUGAUCAAUCCAUUACAAUCCCAAACACUGAGGAACCAGGCCAUUCUCCAAUCUUUAGAAAUAAAACUGCAAUUCAUCAACUAUUAACCACUCCAAAUCCUAAAACAAAGACUCUUUUCCAUCUUUUUGAACAAAAUGUUGCCAAAUUUGCUGAUAAUCAAUUCUUGGGUAAACGUACAUCUCCCAAUGGCGGUUAUGAAUUUAUAACUUAUAGAGAAACUCAAAUACUUAGAGAUCAAUUAGGAUCAGGGAUAUUAUCAUUGAUGAAACAAUACAGCCCUGCUCAUAUAAAUGAUUUCAUCUUGUCGAUUUAUGCUCCAAAUAGAUAUGAAUGGUCCUUAAUCGAUUACACAUGCCAUGCUUUUUCAAUCACAUCAACUGCUUUAUAUGACACUUUAGGCUCAGAAUCAAUCCAAUAUAUCCUACAAUCCACCAAGACGCCAAUUCUAUUCACAACGUUCUCCAAAAUUGAACCAAUCCUGAAAUUAAUCCAAUCUGACCCGUCAAAAUUCAACCUCAAAUUCAUAAUAUCAAUGGAUCCAAUCUCAACAAUCCACAACACCACACCCAUCCAAAUCUAUACACUACAAGACCUAAUCCAACUAGGCUCUCAAAACCCACAUCCUCUAAUCCCACCAACACCAUCAACAACCUUCGCAAUCACAUACACCUCAGGCACAUCAGGCACCCCUAAAGGUGUCAUCCUCACCCAUUCCAACAUCAUUGCAUCAAUCCUGUCAAUCUACACCAAGAUGGCCAUCGAGCCCAACCCAAAACAUUUCGUCUUCCUACCACUACCACACAUCCUACAACGCAUUAAUCUUUUCCUGGUUAGUAUCAAGGGCGGACAGGUGUUUUUCCCAUAUGGUGAUGAUUCGAAAACGUUCUUUGCUGAUAUCUUACAUGUGAAACCGACACAUAUGGCUAGUGUCCCCAGGGUUUACAACAAGCUUGAAUCCGUUUUCAAAAAUAAGAUCUAUGGUGGGGCCGGUAUGGUUAAUAAAUUAGUUGCAUGGGUUAUUGAACGAAAGAUCAAGGGGGGUAAGAGUUUUGGGAUGUUUGAUCUCUUGGUCCACAAGAAGUUGAGAUCUAUAGUUGGGUUUGAUAAUGUUGGUUAUUUCGUGUCUGGUGCUGCUCCCAUACAUGGUGAUACUCUAAGGUUCAUCAAGGCCGUUUUCAACGUGGAUGUGUUUGUGGAGGCUUAUGGCUCGACAGAGACUUGUGGUGGGAUUUUGUUCAAUUCUGGAUUGGAGAUUAAUCCAGGUUCUGUUGGGUCCGUUUCGCCAACUACUGAGUUUAGAAUACAGGAUGUUGAAGAGAUGGGGUAUGUCUUUGGGGAAAAUAGAUCUGGUGAAUUAUUAGUACGUGGUCCUCAGAUUUUUAAAGGUUAUUUUAAUGAUUUGGAGAAUACACAAUUGGCAUUUGAUAAGGAUGGUUGGUAUAAAACUGGUGAUGUGGUGAAAGUUGAUUUUAGUGGGAAAAUUUCUAUAAUUGAUAGACGGAAAAAUUUCUUCAAGUUGAGUCAAGGUGAAUAUAUCGCUCCAGAAAAAAUUGAAAAUAAAUAUAUUUCAAAUAAUAGUGAUUUGAUUAAUCAAAUUUGGUGUUAUGGUGAUUCUUAUCAAUCCUUUUUGGUUGGUGUUAUUGGUAUUGAUUUGGAUAAUUUGAAAAUUUUCAUCAAUAAGAAUGGAAUUGAUAUUAAUUUGCAAGAUGAUUUGCAAAUUCAACAAUUAUUUAAUGAUUCAUCAUUUAAGAGACUACUAUUACAGCAUAUAAAUUCAAAAGUUGAUGAUUUACAAGGUUUUGAAAAAUUGAAAAACAUUCAUAUUGGUAUUGAACCAUUAAAUGUUUCUAAUGGUACAAUGACUCCAACUUUAAAAGUUAAAAGGUUUAUUGCUAAAAAUUAUUUCAAAAAUGAAAUUAACAAGCUUUAUCAACAAGGUCCAUUAUUUGAAUCAAGUAAAUUAUGAAAAAACUACAUGGUAUUUUUCCAUAUUAAGUAUUGUUAUUAAAUAAAAGAGUUAUAAAAAAUCAUUGUCUUUUU